GGGAUUCCUCGUCCACAAGCCUUCCAUUUGUACUUACGAAAGCAGUUUAUCAACGUAAUAUCAUUCUCAAAACUCUUCAAACUUUAAUUUGUUGAGACAAAGGGAAAGCAGGCUGAGAGAUGGAAAAGGAAAUGAAGUUCAAGUGUAUAGCCUUGAUCAAUUUUUUAGUUUUACAGUGUCUGGCAAUUCUUGGUGUUUCAAAGGGUUUUGAUUUCUUCUACUUUGUUGAACAAUGGCCAGGAUCAUACUGUGAUUCAGACAAGUUUAGUUGUUGCUACCCUACAACAGGGAAGCCUGCAGCUGAUUUCAGCAUUCAUGGACUUUGGCCUAAUUACAGAAAUGGAUCAUACCCUCAAAACUGUGAUCCUAACAAUCCUUUUAAUGAAUCUGAGAUAGCGGACCUCAUCAGUAGCAUGAGGAGGAAUUGGCCAUCACUAGCUUGUCCAAGCAGCAGUGGAGAAAGCUUUUGGUCUCAUGAAUGGGAGAAACACGGUACCUGCUCCGAGUCCCUCCUUGAUCAACAUAGCUACUUCCAAACAGCUCUCACCUUAAGACAACAAACAAAUAUCCUCCAAAGUCUAAAAAGUGUAGGAAUCAUUCCAGAUGGAGGAUCUUAUAGCCUUGCCAACAUUAAAGAUGCUAUAAAAAAUAGAACUGGUUAUACUCCAUGGAUCGAGUGCAAUGAAGACUCAUCGGGGAACAGCCAGCUUUACCAGGUGUAUUUAUGUGUGGACAGUUCGGGGUCAAACCUCAUAGAAUGCCCUGUAUUUUCCAAAGGAAAAUGUGUUUCAGAGAUGGAAUUUCCUACCUUUUAGAUUCUGAUGAUUUAUAUUUAUAUAUAUAUUUCAAACUACAGCAUUUUAUCA